GCCGCGGGGCCGUCCCUCCCGCGCUCCCCGGCGGGCGCUCCUUCCCUGACGGCGCUGGAGGGCCCGGCGGCGGCCCACGAAAGCCAUGGCGCUGCCGGCCUGGCUGCAGCCCAGGUACAGAAAGAACACCUAUCUUUUCAUCUACUACUUAAUCCAGUUCUGUGGCCAUUCAUGGAUAUUUACCAAUAUGACAGUGCGGUUCUUUUCAUUUGGAGAAGAUUCCAUGGUUGACACUUUUUAUGCUAUUGGUCUUGUGAUGCGCCUUUGCCAGUCCAUUUCCCUCCUGGAGUUGCUGCACAUCUGUGUUGGCAUUGAACCAAACCAUCUCUUUCCUAGGUUUCUGCAGCUCACAGAGAGAAUAAUCAUCCUCUUUGUGGUGAUCACCAGUCAAGAGGAAGUCCAAGAGAAAUAUGUGGUGUGUGUUUUAUUCAUCUUUUGGAAUCUAUUGGAUAUGGUUAGGUAAGGAGGCAAAAUAAUCUCUUAAAUCCAAGUUGCUUUUCUGUUAGUAAUAGCUGCCUACAUUUGGUUACCCUGAAAUUCCUUCUCUGUUCUUUAAACAGCAUUUGCCAUCUAUCAGUCGCUGCCUUAUUUUGAAUCAUUUGGCACUUAUUCCACAAAGCUGCCCUUUGACUUAUCCAUCUAUUUCCCAUACGUGCUGAAAAUAUAUCUCAUGAUGCUCUUUAUAGGUAUGUAUUAUACCUACAGUCAUCUUUACUCAGAAAGAAGAGACAUCCUCGGAGUCUUUCCCUUUAAAAAGAAGAAAAUGUGAAGCACUGCAUUCCGAUGUGACAUAAGAAAAAAAACAGGCUUGUGGACUCAGCUGCAACAAACAACACAGGAAGCAUUCUGGUGGGUGCUACUUGACCCAGCUCCAUGACAUAAUGGUUCUCCUCAAGCUUGAGACAAAUCACAGCAGUCUGUUAACCUCACAUAUUUUCAAAACGCAUAUCCUGCACAACCUACUUUACCAAAGCUGUGGCUUUUAUACAAGUAUUAUUUUCCUGUAAGGUGAAUGAGAAAUAGAUUAACUGGAAUGGAUUCAAUUAAACUGAGAAACCAAACUUGUUAGCCGGAA